AUGGCUGACCUAGGAAACCCUGACAAGAAUGCAGUGACCUAUAAUGAGGUGCAUGUCGACAUCACUCAGGAAGAAUGGGCAUUGAUGGAUCCUUCACAGAAGAAUCUCUACAAAGAUGUGAUGCUGGAGACCUAUAUGAACCUCACAGCUAUAGGCUACAACUGGGAAAAUCUUGAAGUUGAAGAACAUUGUCAAAGUUCUCAAAAACAUGGAAGGCAUGAAAAAACACAUACUGGAGAGAAACCCUAUGAAUAUAAUCAUUAUGGUAAAGCCUUUGCACACCCCACUCAUCUUCAAGUACAUAAAAGAACACAUACUGGAGAGAAACCCUAUGAAUGUAAUCAAUGUGGUAAAGCCUUUACACAGCCAUAUAAUCUUCAAGUACACAAAAGAAUACAUACAGGAGAGAAACCCUAU